AUGGUCCACGUUCCUCCAUUUGAAGUCACCAUCUGGAUUGAGCAACUUGAAGAUGGUUGUAAAUAUGACCUCGCCACGACCUGUGCAUCUAGUAUAUCGCUCGACGAGCUCGAAGAACUGUCUCUCCACAAAGCGACGACCUCGCAGAACUUAUCGCCUAGAUCGCUAAAGCUGAGCUACGGACCAAUGCGAGGAUCAGACAGUCUGCGCAAGAACAUCGCUGCCUUAUACCGGAACCCAGCCGUGACAAGAGACAGCGUUUUAACGACCAAUGGCGGGAUUGUUGCCAACCAAGUCAUCCUUCAGGCCCUUCUGUCGCGCGACGACCACGUCAUUGUCAUGUAUCCGACUUACGAGCAACUGUAUCAGACACCUCGAAUGCUCGGAGCCGAAGUGACUCUCUGGAAGCUGAGUCCCUCAGAGGGAGGCUGGGAAUUGGAUUUGGCCUUUCUGCGGUCGUCGAUCAAGGCGAAUACCAGGAUGAUUGUGCUGAACAGCCCAAAUAAUCCCACCGGGGCUCAUCUAUCAGCUAUGAUGCAACGGGAGAUCGUCUCCAUUGCUGAGGAACAUAGUUUGAUGGUAUUCUGCGACGAGGUCUUCUAUCCGCUGUUUCGGCCGGAAAAAGAAACGCCCCAAAUGCCCCAGUCGUUCUUGGAUUUGGGAUACAGUAAAGCCAUCGUCAUCGGCUCACUGAGCAAGGCCUACAGCCUCGCUGGUACCAGGACCGGGUGGAUCGCGACCACAAAUCGAGAUAUGCUUGAAAAAUGUGCUGCCAUGCGUCAUUACACCACCAUCAGUGUUUCGCAGAUCGACGAGGCCAUUGCCGCAGAAGCACUGGCCGAACGAUGUCGUCUGCCGUUGAUCGCCCGCGCGAACCAUUUGGCAACAACAAAUAUUUGCGCUCUUGAAAAGUUUGUGGAGGAGCACCAUGGAGUAUGUUCGUGGAAAAAGCCGUUGGCAGGAACCACCGCCAUGCUUCUGUUCACGCGCAACGGGAGGCCAGUGGACGACAAGGAACUCUGCCUCCAUUUGCUCAAGAAGCGUGGCGUCCUUCUAUGUUCAGCCAGUGUAUGCUUUAGUGAUGGGGACAGUGGCGAUUUCCGGGGAUACGUCCGGGUGGGUGCCGCUAUUGACACGGCGGAGAUGGCAGGCGCCUUGCAGGAGAUGCGGAAUUUCAUGAUUGAAGACUUCAACGCCAUUCCUUUGGCGCGUACCUAG